AAUUCCUCCGCCAGGGGAACCUUGUUGCUCAGCGUGUUGUCUGCUGCUGCUCAUUCACUUGGAGGCGGAAAAGGUUCUGACGGGUUUGCUCAUAUUUCAUCGCACUUUCUGUUUCAUUUGUAGGCUUCAUUUCAUGUAAAGAUGCUGCGAAAGCGAGGCGCAGAUACAACGCAAGAGAGGAAACCCUCGUCAUCACCGAGCCCAAAGGCAAAACCAGCCACUUCGAUGCCUCGGAGGUCCAGCAGGUCCAUAUGGGUCCUUCUCCUCUGGAGCUUGAUAGCAGCUACAACGUUCAUCUACAUCAUCAUCCCUGCCAUAUUUUACUAUUGCCCGUGGAUACAGCAGAGUACGGUGUUCCUGAACUUCGUAAACAUUCCCCCGUUUCCAAAGCUUACUUCGCCGGAGUCGUACGGACUAAAGUGCACCCACAAUUUCUACAUUGAUUCCGAUCCUGGAGUCAAGCUCGGGGUGUGGCAUGUACCACCGCACAGUGAGUCCGAAAAAUGUAACGAGAAUCGAGACAACUGGUUUCCUGGCAACAACCCCAUCAUCCUCUAUCUCCACGGCAACGGUGGGUCACGCGCGGGAGGGCAUCGCGUCGCCCUCUACAAGGUCCUCACUCGGGAGCUCCGGGCCCACGUCGUCGCGCCGGACUACCGUGGCUAUGCCGACUCCUCCAAGACGACCCCCACCGCCCUCGGGAUCGUAGACGAUGCGGAAGCUGCCUACCGUUGGCUACGGAAGAGCGUGCCCAGCGGAAGAAUCAUCAUCUGGGGCCACUCGCUCGGCACCGGCGUCUCGGUCUACCUGGUGGAGCGCCUCUCUGCCCUGAAAUCCGAAGGCCCGGCGGGUCUCGUCCUGGAGGCUCCCUUCGACGCCGUGUUCAACGUCGCGCCCCACCACCCGCUGUCGAUUUUUCACCGCUACAUGCCCUACUUCAACGCGGUCUUUGUAGACAGUAUUAAAAGCGAAGCGACAAAUUUUGACAGUAUCGCAAAGGUUGGCAACCUGAGCCAGUCUACGCCGGUGUUAGUCCUGCACGCGCGCGACGACGCCAUGGUGCCGUUUAAGUUGGGCCAGAAACUGUACGAGGCGCUUCACGCGUCUCGGAAGAAAGGGUCCGCGGAAGUUAAGUUGGUCGCGUUCGACGAGAAGUUUGGCUACGGUCACAAGCACAUUUGCGACGAUCCGGGGUUGCCAGCUCUGGUACGGCAGUUUUUCACGAAGUCGUUUGGCAAGGCGUAAAAGGCGGGGCAGCUCGAAUCAGAAGGCAUAUCUCGCAGCUGGCCAGAUCGUGCUGCAGCUGGUGCGGAGAAGGCAGCGAACGAACUGAGAGAUGGAUAACUGUGAUUCUCGUAACUAACUAAUUGAUAUAACAAACUGGGCCAGGUGGUGACAAUCUAAAUACGUAUUACCAGCACGCGUUUCCUUUUCUUUCUUCUGUGCUGUUAAUAGGUAUUUAGAGUAACAAUUAGUAUCACUCAAGAGGCCAUGGACCAAGCCAACGUGAAGUUGUGAUAGAAAACGACGUUCAGUUCGACUUUUUAGUCCUGCCUAGAGUCUACGUAAACUAAAUAUUAAUUCUUAAAACUUUGUCGAGUUAUCGAAUUGGAUGCUAGCCGGUUCUGCACAGCUCGAAAGCGUGCGUAGUUAUUUAGUCGGGGGAGCAGUAUCGUACUUUGAGGUGGAAAAAUGAGACAUUUGCCUCAUAAGUAGAAACAACCAUGUGCCAGAAUUGAGACACUGUUUUUUUUUUGUUUUUUUUUUAGCAGCAUGUGUUAUGAAAGUCUCGAUAUUUAUUUUCAACGGAAGUCUAAACGCAAAGCUUGUUCGCUGCAGUAUGUUCCAGGACAGGGUGUGGCAGCAUUCCGUGUUGCUGGUAUCGUAAUCUGUUGAAGCAUAGCUAGCAGGGACAACGUGUAUUUUCGAUAUUUUUUUCCUGGGCUUUGUGCAGUUUCUCGCAACAACAAAAAUAUGACUGUCAGCCAAAGAGCCAUAAAGUUACUGCGUUGGUCCUGCAACAGGCUAAAUUUAUGGUUUUUCUUUGAAAAUUGUCACUUAGAUCUAGCUGUAUUAUCAGCUGUUGCUAACAAUCAAAUGCCAAAGUAGUGUCACUGUUGGUAUUGCAAAGCCCAAGAGUGCAUUAAAUAUUAAAUGUAGUUAUUAGUCAGUGUUGUUUUUUUUAGAGUUUAAUGAUACAGAUAAUGUAGGCUAUGAUUAGUUGCAGCACUUACAGGAGGCACGCAUUCUUUUUGAAGUUUUGAAAAGCACAGUGUAAGCUACAAACAUUCCUUUUCACAUAAUUAGGUGCAGGUCUUGUUCAUUUCGAUAAGGCUGACUUUUUUAGUAAUAUAAACAGCACAUAAUGAACUAGGAUGCAUAAUCUAUUGAAAUGUGCACCCAAGUGCCUUGAGCAUGUGUCAUCGCAAACUAUUUUGUAAGAGAUGUGCUUUCUUUUAUACAUGUAUAAACUCGCUGCACAUAGCCAGCAAAUGCUAUCUCAAAGAUGCAGCGUCAUUGUCAUAGGACAUGUUUGCUAUAUCGGGCAUUUCAUAUAUGAACUGUGUUUUUGUGCAAGUGUACAACUAUACAUGGGAUUUGCCAAUAAAAUGUUGAAAUAUAUAA